AUGUCCUCCAGAAAGCAGCAGGGCCGUGGAACGGGCGCUCGCCGGCUGCCUCUGGACGCUGGCUGUCCUCCCAUGCUGAGCCGUGCGUGCGGGGCCGACAAACAAUCGCUUAGCAACACGAGGCGGACAAUUUGCUUUGCGCAACACUGGAAGGCGCAACUCUCAGGCCACAAGCCGGUGGGUGUGAGGACACAGAGGUCCACGCUGGGAGGCCUAGGAGGAGAAGCGCCGCCGCCUGGCUCCACUGGGCCGCUUCUGCGCAGCGCCAGAGUAGUGCCCUCGGACAGGACUAAACCUCCGUGCAAUGGCUCUUUGAAACCCGAACAGCCAUUGACAAGAAACGCGAGGUCUCCAUCUCCGGCUCUCGGCCGUAUCGCCUUGGUCGGGUACUGCCCCUUCCCCUGGAGUGGCCUGAGUUGCAAGCCGGGGGCUUGCACCCGGUCCACAGGAUCUGGGGGACUGCUUUUGUUCCGCGCGUACCGUCGCCUACCUUCUCGAAGGGCGCUCGGCCGCCUGCUUGCAAGCCCACCGCUCCAAGCUCGGCACCGCACCAUCUUCACUGACGAGCAGCUCGAAGCGCUGGAGAACCUCUUCCAGGAGACCAAGUACCCGGACGUGGGCACGCGCGAGCAGCUGGCCCGGAAAGUGCACCUCCGCGAGGAGAAAGUGGAGGUCUGGUUUAAGAACCGCCGCGCCAAAUGGAGGCGGCAGAAGCGGUCCUCAUCGGAGGAGUCGGAGAACGCGGAGAAGUGGAACAAGACGUCGUCGUCGUCGUCGAAGGCAUCACCGGAGAAGAGGGAAGAGGAAGGUAAAAGCGAUUUGGACUCGGACAGCUGACGGCCGCGGGACACUUGCUCGUAUUACUUACCUAACUCGAAGGACUUGCACAGACAGACGAUGCUACUUUCUUGCACACGCGCUGCCUUGCGGGAGGGGGUCGAGAAAGAGGAACGAAGAGCUGUAAAUAGUGUACAGAGCCGGGAGGGUCGGCGCCUCGGGUCAGGGCGCGCCGGGACCCACAGCCCAGCAGCCCGACGCCGCCCGCGACUAGCCCCCACCGUAGUAUUUAUAGUUAAAUUAAGGGUGACAGUACAAUAAAGUGAUGGCGAUGUAGACGGGC